GUACGAAGACGUCAUAUGCGUGGACAAUACCCGUGUAAUACUGAAGGAAAGAGGACCGGAUGAUGAUUAUAUUCAUGCCAGCUGGAUGGAUACGCCGGAUGGACAAAGAUACAUUUGUACUCAGGGACCAUUGCAGGAGACUCUCGAAGACUUUUGGCACAUGGUUUAUACAGAAAAGUGUAAUGUAGUUGUAAUGCUAUGUUGCUUACGGGAAGGCAACAAUGAAAAAUGUGUAUUAUAUUACCCAAGGUCCGAAGACGAAUGUGGCAAGUAUGGAAAUUUCAAAGUGUACCUCAAAGAGGUUAUCUCCACCUCACACUCCUACAGUGAAACACAGUGUUCUCAGGUUGAAAAAUGUUCGCCGAC